AGACUUGCCCUUUUUUUUUCUUUUAGUAGUAACUUACUGGCUCCUCCACCUCCCUUACCCCCUUCCUUUGUUAUCAGCAAAGAGCAACCGUCUGAGUUAAACAAAUAAUCUGCAGAUAACUUGACUUCCAGGUUGCUUGUUCCAAGGCUAGAAUUUUAUGAGCUGUUUUGCCACUGGGCUGUGAUCAGGAUGUGUUGUGUGAACUCCUUGGCAGUGACCCCUGCCAUAUCCUGAAACCUGAUUACACACCUGAAGCCUUGGUGCCUUGGUACAGGCUGGGUUAAUGACUUUGUUUAUACUGAUAAGGGCAAUCCAGAUAAGGCAGCCCUCUGAGUCUCCUGGCUCUGGCUGGCACCUUCAUUGAGAAAACCUUUUCUCUGUGCCACGUAGAGAUGCUGCUUGCCCAACCAAUUACUUUGGGACGGACUUGUUUUUCAAUGAGCUGCUGCUGCUACUCUCAAAGGAAGGUCAAGGCUGCCGAAGGGGGGUGGCUUCAUUCACCCUGCCAGGGGCCUUAUAAGCAGAGCUGAGAAGCAACAGCCACCAUUGCUGGAAGGACAAAAAGAGGGUGUGAAGCGAAGAGAAGGUGCCAGGUUCCUAUAGCACAGAAAAAGUGACAGGAAACUCUGCAACGGGACUGCACAAAGCAUUUGCUCUUCCAAGCAGCAAUCCUGCAAGCCGCCCUCCGACGUGGAGAUGGAGUACGAGAGGUGUUCCUGCCACCACAAAGAGAACCAGAACGCCAUCCUCUACACCCUCCUGAGCCAGAACCUGAGCCAUCACAGGGGCAGCCACAGCCCUUCCCAGAAGCGUUGCUUGUGCCAGAAGCGCCGCACCGUCUGCCUCCAGACCCCACAAGCCACCUGCCAAGCGGCGUCUGAUGUCUUGGUGAAGACCAUCAGCUUCAUGAAGAACUUGCCUUCCUUCCAGCUCCUGCCUUGGAAAGACCAGCUCCUGCUGCUGGACAGCUGCUGGGCUCCCCUCUUCCUUCUGGGCCUGGUCCAGGAGAUGGUGACCUUUGAGGUGAUGGAGACCCCAGCCCCCAGCAUGCUGGAGAGGAUCCUCCUCGACGGCCCAUGUAAGAGACAGGAGCUGCAGAGGGCGCAGCCCACCCUGGCCAGCGUUCAGCGUCUCCAGUGCAGCCUUACCUCUUUCUGGAGCCUGGACCUGAGCCCUAAAGAGUACGCCUAUCUGAAGGGUGCAAUUCUGUUCAACCCUGACGUGCCUGGUCUUAAGGCUUCCUCAUACAUCGAGAGCCUUCAGCGAGAAGCUCAGCGAGCACUCCAAGAAGUCAUGACCGUUCUCCACCCAGAGGACCAAGGCCGUUUUGCCCAUGUCCUGCUGAUCUCCUCCUCCCUGAAAUCCAUCCCUCCUGCCCUCCUCACUGCCCUUUUCUUCCAACCAGUCAUUGGGAAUGCAGACAUUCUGGAGCUACUGACGGAAAUGAUGCUGGCAAGAGAGCUCCCUUGGCCACAGUGACUCCAGUGGGGUUGGCUCCCAGGUCACCCACCACAUGCUCAGCUUUGCUCCAGUUUCCAAGUGGCGGUGUGCAGUUCAUCUGGAUUGUGCAGUGGGAGUGAGAGCCUGCCUCCUAGUGAUGACUUUUCAGACAAAGGGGUCUACUGGAUGGCAGAUCUUAGAAUACAAAGGAACGUACAGCCUUCCAUUAGGGAGUGAGGCAGCCAUCUCAGGCAACAAGUGGGGGGUGGGGACACAGUGAAGAAAUAUAGUGCUUUGUGAGCCCUUCAGGCUAUCCUGUGCCCCUAAACUAGCUUGUCCCAUCACCAGUGCUGAAAUAAGAUUCAGUUGCUAAUCCAAUGAGAUUCUUUCUGCAGAAAGGUGGUGGGCAAGCAUUUUGUCCUUCUUCUACAGCAGGAAAAUGUGUUGAUCUGGCCCUGAUUACAGUCAGUGGUGCAGUUCAGGAAUGUUAGUCUCUGGGCUCCAAUGGUUUUACAGGAGGCCGUCCCCUCUCUGCUUUAGAUUGUAUUAUGUAUUGCAUCACUUGCUUCAGAAUGUGAUGAGCCAGUUCUGCUAUGUUUGGGAGGAGGAGCACGAGCCCAAUCUGUUGAGUGGAGUCCUAGUCCACUGCCUGCAAAGUCCUGGCCUGAUCAUACUACCACUUAAAGCCGGGCCUUGGGAGCUGCUGUUCCUGUAACCAAAGUAUUUAGUUGGAACAUAGUUUCUGCAACUGGUGGCUCUAUUUCUCUUCACCCUUUGCUUGCCAUGACAUUCAGAACAGAAGCUUUCAGAAACCGUAAUUCCUCUUGCCUGCUAUUCAUCGCACUAUCCGUAUAAAAGCUGUCCUCCCUGAUUUCGCUAGACUCCAGCCUACCCUCACAUGUAGUGCCCAUUUGCUCCAGUUUGUAGUACACGGGAUGAGACCAUCUUUGCAUAAACUUUGGGUGUCAGUAUUUUGUAGAUGGAUGCUUUCUUGUAAUUUGUGUAUAAAAAUAAGAUGUGCUAAGUUAUUAUUUUUUAAAAACAACAACAACACCUCAACAAUGAAUAAAACGUUUUUGCAGUUUGGACAA